AUGAUCCAAUAAUAAUCAUUCUCUUCUCUCUAUCUCUUAUUUAUUUCUUGAUUUUCUCUGCUCUCUCUCUCUCUCUCUUUUUUUAAUUAAUCAUCCGCUAAUCAAAGAGAGAGAGCCUUAAUUAAAACCAAGAAAUAGUGAUCAAGAGAGAGAGAUAUGGAGGCGGAGGAAGAGAAGGAAAGAAGUAGUAGUAUAAGCAUGGUGGAGGCAAAGUUGCCGCCGGGAUUCAGAUUUCACCCAAAAGACGACGAGCUUGUCUGCGAUUACCUUAUGAGACGAUCGCAUCAUCCUUCUCCUCCUCCUCCUCUUUUCUUGAUCCAUGUCGAUCUCAACAAGUGCGAGCCCUGGGACAUCCCCAAAAUGGCAUGUGUGGGAGGGAAGGAUUGGUAUUUCUACAGCCAAAGGGAUCGGAAAUACGCAACGGGGCUGAGAACAAACCGAGCAACGGCCACCGGAUAUUGGAAAGCCACCGGAAAAGACAGAGCCAUUCUAAGAAAAGGUAAGCUUGUUGGGAUGAGGAAGACAUUGGUGUUCUAUCAAGGUCGAGCUCCCCGAGGUCGAAAAACUGAUUGGGUCAUGCACGAGUUUCGUCUCCAGGGAUCCUUUGAUCCUCCCAAUCAUUCUCUCAACUCUCCACAGGAAGACUGGGUCUUGUGUAGAGUGUUCCAUAAGAAUACAGAAAGAGUUUUAUGCAGAGACAACACUGGGAGCUGUUUUCAUGAGACAGCCUCUGCCUCCCUUCCUCCAUUGAUGGAUUCUUGCAUCAACUUUGACCAAGAACCCUCUUCUUACUUCGCUGAUGACUAUCACUUCAUCAUCAACGAGCAAGUGCCCUGCUUCUCCAAUUUGUCACAGAACCAAACCCUAAACGCAGACCUAACCAGCUCAGUCUCUGAACUCAAGACUCCUUGCAAGAACCCUAACCCUUUGGUUCCUGGUAGUUCACCCCCAGCCACGCUCCCAGGGCUCGACACGUUCUGUUCUUCAGAUCAGAUGGUUCUCAGGGCUCUGCUCAGUCAGCUCACCAAGAUCGAUGGAAGCCUCACCUCUAAAGAAACACAGAGUUAUGGAGACGGUAGCUCUGAGAGCCUCUUGACCGAUAUCGGUGCUUGGAAUCGCUGAUGGUCGAGUGUAACGAGAGAUAUAUUAUUCCUAUAUUCAUAUUCAUGAUUGAAACAAUAUUCUUCAGGGGGGUAAUUAGGCGUUGGUGUCCGAUUAUAGAAACAUUUUCUCACUCUUGUACCCCACUAUAUUCAUGUAAAAUACCACUUAAGACGCACAUGCAUUGUCAGGUUUGUACAUCACAUAAGCAGAACCUAUCAAGUUAAUUGAGGCUGCUUACUUU